AGUCUACGGCCGCUAUACAGAGAACUUGCGGUAGCCUCCGACUCGCGUACGGCAAGCUUUUAUUUUUUUCUUUUAGCCGCGGAUUUCGAACGGCGCGGGUCUAAUGCUGGGCGUAAACGGAUCCCUGCUGCUCGUGGAAACUCACUGAAGGUGAAUAUUUCUUGAAAGUGCGAGCUUUCGCUGCGGUCACCGGUCACCCAAUACGCUUUUCUCGUAGAGAGUAAGAAGUGCUCGUGUGCAUAGCGAGCUUCGAGCUCCGGGCGCGCUUCGCUCGUUGCUCCAGGUUCACCGACAGGAGUUCGGUGAAAAGUCUCGAUUCGAAUAGAGCACCUUGGUCUGUGGUGACCGUGGUUGGUGAGUCGUACCGACAGAUCCAAUUGUCGUAAAAGGCACGAGCAACUGUUGCUGCCGUUGUGUCCAUGAUUGGGAUUGCUUCCGGCCAUCUUGAAUAUCGAUCAAUGAUCGUAAGGAGAUGAGUGUAGCCGUGGCUAUUGGCAAAUGGGCCAACUAAGUCCAAGUGUACGUAAUCGAAUCUCGCGUCUGGCGUGACAAAAUGGUUAGGUAGGAAUUUGUUAUGUUUUGUGACUUUAGAUUGCUGACAGUCGAGGCACGAUUUGCACCAAACAGCGAUAUCGCGGCUCAUAUUGGGCCAAACGUAUACUGCUGUUGAAUGAGGCGACUCGUGACCUUUACUCCAGGAUGCGAUUGUGAAUGGAAAUUUUUGAAUUAGGUACAGUGGUGUCUAAUACAUUUGUACCUUUGUGUCAAUUAUCGACUGAAGAUUACUCAACAUCCUUAUUUAAUAAAUUCUUUGGUGAAAAUAUCCGAAGUGGCUUAGCAAUUCCAAAAUUUUUAGUUUUGGACUAUUACACACAUCAUUAUCUUACAGCAAAUGAAGUUUUCAAUGAGUACUUACCAUACGAAGAAUAUUUGCUUUUGUGUUACGAUUAUUUAACUGGGAAAGCUCAAAUAUUACCGAGAGUUAUUAUUUAUACUCACAACAGAUUUUUGAUUAUCAAAAUAAAAUAUUGGGAAUGCAUCAACAGGAUACAACUUCCAUCUGUAAAGAGAUUUCAUCUUUACUGUGUUAUUGUACUAAGUUUACAACAAAAUUUAGAUGAUUUUCAACGCAAUUUAAAAAGCAUCUUCAUUGUCUCCAGUAGUCAAUAUCAAAGUAAAAUUACACAUGAGAAUUUUGAGCUUAUUAAGUUACAAAUACAAGAAUUAAAUGUGGAAACACUUUAUAGCAAUGAAGAACUAGAAAAAAUAGAGAAUAAAUUCAAACAAAUUGUAGACCUUGAUAAUGUUAUCAAAAUUAACUGUGAUAAGUGUAAAUGCAUUAAAGACUUUAUAGAGAAUAUUUUUAUAGAAGCUAAUCAAAUAAUGAUUACACAAAAUGAUCAAUCAUGUGAAAAUAAUGUGUUUUAUAAUCCACAAUUUUGCGAAGAAUUGAUGAAACUUUGUAUGGAAUUUGUUCUUUGGUCAAAUAUUAUACAACAAAAUAGCAUUACAAGUUCAUCCUGUGAUUUUACUGCACUAUUAGAUAGUUAUAAAGUUGACUUUGAUAGAUACUUAUCACUAAAAUUCGAAUCAACACCAAGACUAAAUGAAUAUUUAUUAAAAAAUAUUGAUUAUGAGAAUGAAAAGUUAGAAUAUUUAAGAAAGAUUAUUCAUUCAGAAGCAAGUAGAAAAACAAAAGAUAAAUAUUUUGACUAUAGUUACAUGCAGUAUGAAGAAAAUUGGAUGGGUCUUAAUAAUUAUCGAGUAAAAGCUAAAGAGGAAAACAAUUCAGAAAACUCUUCAAGCAGUGAUGAUGAAAGUAUACUAGACACUAAUAAUGAUAGUGAUGGUGUUGAUUUUGAAGAAGUAAGUUUGAAUAUCAAUACAUUUAUAGACUCUGUUUGCCAAGAUAAUAAUGAUAAUCAUAUCUCACACACACAUGCAGUAAUAUCUGAAAAGUUGGUUCCCAUUGAAAAUGAAAAUACAAAAGUUGAAUCACAAUAUGUGCAUGAUAAGCACGAUAAUAAAAUUUUUCAACAAAAUGCUGUUACUAAACAAAACAAUAACACUAGUAAGAGUAAUAAAAAAGUUCAGAAAUCAGAAUCUGCAAUUGCAAAAAAUAAUUUCAAUAGAGGAAAGUUUCUUAGGCCUUGUGAGGAUAUCUAUUUGUUGCAACAAAAACCAACACAAUCCUCUAUAAAACGUCAAGUUAUUAAAAAUUCCAAUCAAUCUACAUCUAAUAAGAUUAAUAAACAAAGAAGAAUUCUUGCUACUUCAAGUCCUUUUGAUAGUCUUUUAAAAAUAUUAACUUCAGCUUAUUGUAAUAUCCAAAAAUUUCAAAAUUUUAUAACUCAACCAACAAAUUAUACAAUAGAGGAAAUCACUGAAGAGUUUUUCAACAUUCUUCAAAAAUAUGUUGAGAAUUUCAACUUUAGACAGCUAAGCUCAUUGAGAGUGAAAUUUGUCGAACAGGCUUUGUGGCUCAGCAAGUCAAAAGUUUUGUUGGAGACAAUCUAUUGGUGAAUUUUAUAAAAGAAUUAUGCCAUCAACCAUAAUUGAUAAGUAUGAAUGUAACCAGUGUAACAUCAUAUCAUAUCGACAUGAAAAAUGUAUAAAUAUGUCAUCUACAGAAAUAAUGUCUGAAAAUUAUAUAGAAAAUAUUAUUAAACACCUUCAUAUACCAGAUAAAUGUGAUAAAUGUGGUCAUAAGAUUUUUAUAGCAGAUUUUAAAAUACAAAAUAUUUUAUGCAUUGAUAUUGAAGACACAGUCAAAAAUAGUGGAUCAUGCUUACUCAAGUUAGGUGAAUUAGUAUCACACAUAAAAAUAGAAGAACAAUCAUUUAUUUUGAUGGGAAUAAUUGGUUUUCAAGAACCUUUAGGAGAACAAACAACAAGGCACUAUUUUGCUUGUUGUAGAGGCAUUCAAGGAUUUUGGUUAAAGUAUGAUAACACAGAAGAAUCCAGCAAACCUAUCAGAAUCAGCGAUAAAGCUGCAUCACUAAACGGAGCAAUAUUAAUUUACAUAGAAUUUGAUAACAAGGUAUAACUAGAGAGAUCAUCGUCGCAGAUAAUGUACAAUUAUAUUGCAAGAAACACUGGCAGUCUGUUUUAAAAAAUAAUUAAUGCAUGAUUAUUAAUAAAUACAUUUAUUUAAUUGUAGUGUAAAAAUAUUUAUUGUACAUAAUUUUUUCCUCUUCUUUUCGUCAGAUUGCAUACAAAAAAUUCGAGGGUAUUUUAAUAUAUGAAGCUAUAAUUAGUUUUUACGUUAGAAUUUUACAAAAUUUUCAACUUUUCAUUUUGUUAGUUAAUUAUAACAUUCACGAUUUAAAAAAUUAUUGUUAAAUACUAAGGUGAACUGUAUGAAAAAUUAUAAAAAAAGUGAAUACACACCAAGAGAAGUCAGUGCAGCUAAGAGAUUCAUUUUAACAAAAUUAUUUGAACCAAAUCACCUACUCAAAUCAAAAAGCUGUACAUAGGGCUUCAGGUAAACAUAAAGAAAAUAUAACAUUAUAUAAAAAUUGAUAAGGUAAAUAGUUAUGGAAUGAGUUUUAAAGCAUCUGUGCAAAAUUUCAGAGCUCUACGUUCAAAAGAAGAGAAAUGACUGAAAUGUUAAUCUUGCUUAUUACGAUACUUGAGAGUUGUCAUUAAUUGUAGAGCUCUAAAAUUUUGAACAAAAGCUUUACAACUCAUUACAAAACUAUUAAGCUUAUCAGUUUUUAUUUAAAUUUAUCCUCUCUGUACCUUUACCUGGAGACCUGCAUACGGCUUUUCACUUUGGAAGUUUGAUUUCCUACAAAAGUCUUGUUACAAGGGAUGUCUAAAUCCUUAAUAAUUUUUAAAUAUAAUUGAAAAAUUUCUAAGGUAACUGGUUAACUAAUGGUACCUUUUAGCAGUAAAAAAAAAAGGAAAACAUUGAACACGCAU